AUGCCGGACAGGAUCUAUCAAUACUCGACGGCGUCUGCGCUCAUGGCAGGGGUUGCGUCAAGAGGCAUCCGGCUGUCAGAACUACUCUCUCACGGCACUCAUGGACUGGGAACAAUGGCAUCCAUCAACGGCGAGGUUGUCAUGCUCGACUCUAAAACUUACCACUUGCAAUCCACCGGCGCUGUGCGACUGGUCCAGGAGCACGAAGAGCUCCCCUUCGCCAUGGUCACGUCGUUCAGGGAAUGCAACACGCGAAAACAGUCGGCGUUUCCCAACCUUCCCGGUAAACAGGCUAUCCUCCAGUAUCUACAGAAGCUAUACGGCAACAUCAACAACCGGUUCGCGUUUUUCCUCAUCCCGCGCAUCUCUCUUGACACGAUCACGGCCCGCGUGGUUCGCGGUCAGCAGUAUCCCUUCCAGCCGCUGUCGGAACUUGGAGAGGCACAGAAGGUGACUACGUACCAGUCGGUGACGGGUUGCAUUGUCGGAUUUUGGUCGCCUGGGUACAUGCACGGGGUGUCGGUGAGUGGGUUACACAUGCAUUUCUUGUCGGAGGAUAGAUCGUACGGAGGACAUGUGUUGGAGCUGGAGUCCGGGUGCGAGUUCGUUCUGGAGGCCGCGCUGCUGAAUCAGUUUGAUCUAGAGCUUCCUGAAGACGAGGCCUUUGGCGGCACAAAGCUGGAGGCCGCCACCCGCUGCUGUUGUUGCUCGGACGCAAUGUCCUCCUCUCUGCCUGGCAGUCGGGAACUUCCCCGAUCCCAGUAUGACCUGAACACCUACUGGGGUCGUGUGCGCGAGUGUGCGGGCAUUUCUGAUCCACGAAUGCUGUUUACCUCCUCAUCCGGGCUGGAAAAUGCAAAGAAGUUGAUUGUUUCGUACAAGAACGGCGAAACAAAAGAAAUGACCUCCGAGCUGUGGCGCGCAAAGCAGGUUGUCGAUUCAACAUUGCACCCUGAUACCGGCCAACCAGUCUUUCUCCCAUUCCGAAUGUCUUCGUUUGUUCUCUCCAACCUCGUCGUCACAGCAGGCAUGCUCACGCCUGGUCUGCAGACCACUGGCACCCUCCUUUGGCAAAUCGCCAAUCAAUCCCUCAACGUAGCCAUCAACUCAUCCAACGCCAACAAAUCAACCCCCCUCACAACCUCCAUGCUAGCCAAAUCCUACUGUCUCGCGGUCUCGGCAUCCUGCUCCGUAGCCCUAGGGCUCAACGCCAUCGUCCCCCGCCUCAAGAACGUAACCCCAAACACCAAACUCAUUCUCAGUCGCCUUGUCCCUUUCGCAGCCGUAUCCAGCGCCACUGCGCUCAACGUGUUCCUCAUGCGCAGCGAAGAAAUCCGCCGCGGCAUCGACGUCUACCCCGUGCUCUCCGAGGAGGAAAAACGGAAACGCGAAGCCACCGGCGAGCCCAUUGAAAGUCUCGGCAAGAGCAAAAUCGCGGCCAAAAUCGCCGUCGGCGAAACGGCCGUUAGCCGUGUUCUGAACGCAACCCCCAUCAUGGUUCUGCCGCCUUUGAUUCUCGUCAGGCUCGAGAAGAUGCAGUGGCUCAUGUCGAGACCGAGACUCGUUUUGCCCGUGAAUCUGGGCUUGAUUCUGACCACGUCUAUCUUUGCGUUGCCCUUGGCGCUGGGCGCUUUCCCCUCUCGCCAGGCUAUCAAUGUGAAGAAUUUGGAGGAGGAAUUCUGGGAUAAGGGCGGAGAGAGUGGGAAUGUAGAAUUCAAUCGGGGGAUGUAG